AUUUGUUUUGCAGGUUUAAAAAAAGAAAACCAGCGUCAUCCAGGAUUUUACAUUAAUUUUUAUCUGCUUCCACAUCUCCCUGUGUGAUCUCUGUGGUUUUAAAAUCCCACGUUUCCAGUGCAUUCCACUAUUGUCUAACAAAAGUUGUUUUAAACCUUUGCACUGUAAGCACCAGAGGAGAACUCAUAAAAAGGAAGGCGGCAGCAGAUGCAAUCACGGAUGUGGCUUAGUCCUUGCAGGCCCCAGAGAGCUGUUUGGAGUGUACCAUCCGCAGCAAUGAAUCCAGAAGAGCGAAUCGUGACAUGGCUCAUCUCUCUUGGCGUUUUGGACUCUCCCAAAAAGACCAUCUGCGAUCCGGAGGAGUUCUUGAAGUCCUCGCUGAAAAAUGGGGUCGUGCUCUGCAAACUGAUCAACAGACUUAUGCCUGGCUCAGUGGAAAAGUAUUGUCUGGAGCCCCACACGGAAGCCAGCUGCAUCAGCAACAUCGAUGAGUUCCUGCGAGGAUGUGCACCCCUUCAAGUGGAGGUCUUCGAUCCCGAUGAUCUUUACUCGGGGGUUAAUUUCUCCAAGGUUCUCACUACUCUUUUAGCUGUCAACAAAGCAACAGAAGAUCAGCUAGCAGAAAGACCAUGUGGAUGUUCCUCUUCUCUGAGUGCUCCUAAUAGUUCUCAGACAAGCCCUCAGGGAGUGGUCUCCAGUGCAGCUCCAGGGCCGCAAAAGCAGGCAAAGGCAGUGGAGAUGACGGAAAAUGGAAGUCAUCAGUUGAUAGUGAAGGCAAGAUUCAACUUCAAGCAGACUAAUGAAGAUGAACUAUCAGUCUGUAAAGGGGACAUCAUUUAUGUCACUCGCAUUGAAGAAGGAGGCUGGUGGGAAGGCACACUAAACGGGAGAACAGGCUGGUUCCCCAGUAAUUAUGUCAGAGAGAUCAAAUCCAGUGAGAGACCUCUGUCCCCCAAGGCUGUCAAAGGAUUUGAAGCUGCUCCACUUACCAAGAAUUACUAUACUGUGGUGUUACAGAACAUCUUGGAUACUGAAAAAGAGUAUGCUAAAGAACUUCAAAAUCUUCUUAUAACUUACUUAAGACCACUGCAAUCCAAUAACANUCUGAGUACUGUGGAGUUUACAUCUUUACUGGGAAACUUCGAGGAAAUAUGUACGUUUCAACAGACACUCUGUCAAGCUUUGGAAGAAUGUUCAAAGUUUCCAGAAAAUCAACACAAAGUAGGAGGUUGUCUACUGAAUCUCAUGCCUCAUUUUAAAUCGAUGUAUCUGUCUUACUGUGCAAAUCAUCCUUCGGCUGUAAAUGUGCUCACCCAGCACAGUGAUGAUCUGGAACAGUUUAUGGAAAAUCAAGGUGCAUCCAGCCCAGGUAUCCUCAUUUUAACCACAAGUCUCAGCAAACCAUUCAUGCGACUAGAAAAGUAUGUUACUCUCUUGCAAGAGCUGGAACGGCAUAUGGAGGAGACUCAUCCAGAUCAUCAGGAUAUUCUGAAAGCAAUCGUAGCAUUCAAAUCUCUCAUGGGGCAGUGCCAAGAUCUGAGAAAGAGAAAACAGCUGGAGUUGCAGAUCCUUUCUGAACCUAUUCAGGCCUGGGAAGGGGAGGAUAUUAAGACUUUCGGAAAUGUGAUCUUUAUGUCACAAGUUAUGUUGCAGUACGGAGCGUGUGAGGAAAAAGAGGAACGGUACCUUAUGUUGUUUUCAAAUGCCUUGAUAAUGUUAUCUGCAAGUCCGCGGAUGAGUGGCUUCAUCUAUCAGGGAAAAAUACCAAUAGCAGGAAUGGUGGUGACUAAAUCAGAUGAAAUUGAAGGGAAUGACUGCACAUUUGAAAUCACAGGUAACAUAAUAGAGAGGAUUGUGGUCCAUUGCAAUAACAACCAGGACUUCCAGGAAUGGUUGGAACAGCUGAGCAGGCUGACCAGAGGACCUGCAUCUUGCAGUUCAUUAUCCAAAACAUCAUCAUCAUCAUGCAGUGCUCAUUCCUCUUUUAGCUCUACUGGACAGCCCCGAGGACCCUUGGAGCCUCCUCAAAUUAUAAAACCGUGGAGUUUAAGUUGUCUACGACCUGCACCUCCACUUAGACCAUCAGCAGCACUAGGUUAUAAAGAGAGGAUGUCUUAUAUCUUAAAGGAGUCCAGUAAAAGCCCCAAAACAAUGAAGAAGUUCCUUCAUAAAAGAAAGACUGAGAGAAAGCCAUCAGAAGAGGAAUACGUGAUUAGGAAAAGUACAGCUGCUCUGGAGGAGGAUGCACAGAUUCUUAAGGUGAUUGAAGCCUACUGCACCAGCGCCAAUUUUCAACAAGGUGCUCGGAAAGAUUCCAUUCCACAAGUCUUACUCCCUGAGGAAGAGAAACUCAUCAUUGAAGAAACUAGAAGCAACGGCCAGACAAUCAUUGAGGAAAAGAGCCUUGUCGAUACUGUUUAUGCCUUGAAGGAUGAGGUCAAAGAACUGAAGCAGGAGAAUAAAAGAAUGAAGCAGUGCCUGGAAGAAGAAUUGAAGUCAAGAAGGGACCUGGAAAAGCUGGUGCGAAGGCUGUUGAAGCAAACAGAUGAGUGCAUUCGAGCUGAUUCCAGCAGCAAGACCUCAGUUCUUCCAUAAACACCACUGUGCAGCUGGGCAGAGCGUGCCUUCAGUGGGUCCGGAAUGUCUGGCUGUAUGACUUCAUUUGGUUCUCACUUCUUUGGCUUUUGUUUUGUGUUUGAGUCCAUCUCUUUCUGUGUGUGAAUGUGUAUGUGUGUGUCUAAGCACACAACACAUGUGCAAUUCUUUGGGUAUUGUUUUUUAGUUAUGGGUCAGUUGGCUAUUUUUGCAACAGGGGAAAAAGCAGAAAGUGGUAGUAGUUGUGGCCCCGUAGUCUCCUCCAUUCUAUAAGACAAGGAAAGCUGGUGCAGGCAGAUGACUUCAGCACUCCUCGGAUGGCCUUCAUUUCACAGUGCCUCUGUAGUAGCUGUUGCCAUUGACGACACUUACUGAUCUGGCUGUUGUAUCGCUCAGAGCAGCUAGCCAUGGUGAGGUAGAUAUAGCCCUGACUUUCCCGUGAACACUGGCCUGUACAGAUGCCCUCACUAUUUACUUUACUGAAGUUAAAACUUUCUGAGUUUUGACCAGAGGAAGUGAAAGACUAGCACAUUGCCCAAUGAUCUAGCUGUGCUUCGCUAGUCUGAGACAUGGCCAGGGAGAAUGCUCAGUGGAAUAAAUGCUUGCGUGGCAAGUGCAAGGGCCUGAGUUCAUCCCCUGGUUCCGCCAGAAAAGCAAAAAAAAAAAAGUUGUUGACCUAGUCUGAGACAUGCCACCCUUCAAUCACACUUUUUUCUUACUGCCUUAUAUUGUCUGUAAGAUCAAGCCAACUGUAGUAGUUUCCUUCUAUGCUGGUGUACGUUUUCACUCAGUGGCACGGAAGUUGUGGUCACUCAAGCCAACACGAAACCCAGUGGCAAAUUGCACUGGGCAAUGCUCCUUUGAGCAGCAGAGUUGACCAGCUCUUCCCAGUGCAUGCUAGGUCUUCUUCCCUACUUUUCUGGCUCAUGUGUAAGUUUUCUAUUCUCCAGUGCUUGUAGCCACGCAUACCAAGUGCUGUGUAAAAUGACAUGUAUGUGUUGUGCUUACUUUUUAAAAAAAUGUAGUUAGACUGUGAGUAGUUAACUUUACAUUGCAUAUUCAAACUGUGACCUUUCAUCCAACAAGACAGUCUGCAUUGAGAAGACAGUGUGAGCUAUGAGAAGUUGUAAUAAUCAUUGGCCUGUUUUGAAUAGGACUCUAAGUGUUAUUUGCAGAAACAUGCUGUCAGUCCAGUUUGUAUGACCAGAAUGAAGGGGCUCCACCAGUAGCUCUGCUGGUUACUAAACUGAUUAUUUGGAAAUACUUUAUGCAAGUUGCUUAUUAAAGCAAACCGCAAGUGUGGUGAAUAUCCCAGAAGUUAGAACUGAGAAAGCAGAUCUCAAAGCAAGUCACAGAACAGUGCAGAUCUAACUUCAGCACAACUUCAAGUUGACCCAAGGCUCUGGAACACUCUACUUCCCCUGAAGACAGAGGGCAUUUAACUAGAUUGGGAAGAUCAUUGACAAGAGGCGAAAGGCCAAGAGGCUGAUGGAAGUUGUCCGACAAAUACAUUUGAUAGGUGCCUGUAAAUGUUGGUUUUGCACAUGUUUAGAAACCAAACUUGAAACUUGAGACCUCCAGCUUGCUGAGAGCCCUUUUUCUUUCUGGUACUGAAGGUCUCAGGGUUCCCUAGAUUCAUGGUACAGGGCUGUCGUCUGCGUGGUGAGCAGUAGAAACGGCUGCAUUCUCAGACAGCAGUGGACUCUUCCUGUAGUGCAACUUCAGCCAAUCACACUCAGCCAUUCUUGGAAGCUCACGAGUAACGAUUUCUAGGAACGACUCUUGUUCUGUUUUGAAGUACAGAAAUUUAGCUAUGACAUCUCAUAUCUAAGAAUUAAAAACACCAACAAUAAUUACUUAGAUGUUCACAUCUGCCCUGUCUGUGGUUAGUCAAUGGCUUACAAUCAGUGUGCAUACUAUAGCUGUAGGAAACACUUUUGUGAUUACAAAAUAUUUUAGUUGAUUGCUUACAGUACUGAAAGAACUUUAUUUUAAGGUAAUGUGUACAUAUGCAUGUUUUGGGGACUUGGCCUUCCUGAUGAAAGGCCCUGGGUACUCUGGGUAAUGAAGCUUGUGCGCUUAUACACUAAACAAUAAUAUAAAGGAAAUGAAGCCAUGUUAACCUGAGAGCAGUGUCUUGUAGUUGUGUUGUUUACAAUACUCGACACAUGGAUUCUUGUGACUUUGUAAUUAAGUUGCUGCCCUUAGAGGCCUUUUAGUUUCUUCUCUGUCGUCGCCCUUCUUACACAAACCCAAAUUUUCUAACUUGUUUUUAUUUUCGAACUUUUAAAAUUGACAUUUUCAAUAAAUAAGAAUAAACAGUGCUU